UGUCGACAUUAGUAGGCCUAAACCACUCAUCAAAGACACAAAUUCCGUGGUGGUGGGAUAUCUCGUCUUGAAACAGUCUUGGAUUUUUUUCCCAUAUUGCAUUGCAAUUUUUGUCUACUUCCUCUUUCCGCCAUAUUGCAGAACCGGCAUCAUGGUGCGCAUGAACGUUCUCGCAGAUGCUCUGAAAAGCAUCAACAAUGCAGAGAAGCGUGGGAAACGCCAGGUCCUCAUCAGGCCCUGCUCCAAGGUUAUUGUGCGCUUCCUAACCGUCAUGAUGAAGCACGGUUACAUUGGUGAGUUUGAGAUCAUUGACGACCACAGAGCCGGAAAAAUUGUCGUCAAUCUCACAGGCAGGCUGAAUAAGUGCGGUGUGAUCAGUCCACGUUUUGAUCUCCAGCUCAAGGACCUGGAGAAGUGGCAGAACAACCUGCUGCCCUCAAGACAGUUUGGAUACAUUGUGCUGACCACCUCAGCUGGCAUCAUGGACCACGAAGAGGCCAGACGGAAACACACAGGAGGCAAAAUCCUUGGAUUCUUUUUCUAAAAUGUAAUGAGCUGCAAAUAAAAAACAACCAGGGGAAA